GGGAGGCCCCGCGGCCGGCUGCUGGAGACAGGCACCCGGGCGGAGAAGCGCGCCUCUUGGCCUUCUCUCCGCGCCCCUGCGUUCCCGUCGGCCGCCCGGAGAGGCCCGGAGGAGGCAGGUGGCUCUCUAGAAGAUGACCAUAGAAGAUCUUCCAGAUUUUCCAUUAGAGGGAAGUUCUUUGAUUGGAAAAUACCCAUUUUUAUUUCAAGGUUCUGAUACACCAGUUAUCUUUUCCAUUUCUGCAGCACCAAUGCCUUCGGACUGUGAGUUUUCUUUCUUUGAUCCUAAUGAUACAUCAUGCCAGGAAAUUCUCUUUGAUCCCAAAACUUCUGUAUCAGAAUUAUUUGCCAUUUUAAGACAGUGGGUUCCUCAGGUCCAGCAAAACAUUGAUGUUAUUGGAAAUGAGAUUCUUAAGAGAGGUUGCAAUGUGAAUGACAGAGAUGGAUUGACAGAUAUGACUCUUUUGCAUUAUACAUGCAAAUCUGGAGCUCACGGUAUUGGUGAUGUUGAUACAGCGGUAAAAUUUGCAACUCAGCUUCUUGAUCUGGGAGCAGAUGUUAGUUUGCGGAGUCGAUGGACAAACAUGAAUGCCUUGCAUUAUGCUGCUUAUUUUGAUGUUCCUGAGCUUAUAAGAGUGAUUUUGAAGACAUCUAAACCAAAAGAUGUGGAUGCCACUUGCAGCGACUUUAAUUUUGGAACAGCUCUGCAUAUUGCUGCAUAUAACUUGUGUGCAGGUACCGUGAAAUGCUUAUUGGAGCAUGGAGCCAAUCCUGCAUUUAGGAAUGACAAAGGGCAGAUCCCCGCUGAUGUUGUCCCAGACCCGGUAGAGAUGCCCUUGGAAAUGGCCGAUGCUGCGGCCACUGCUAAGGAAAUCAAGCAGAUGCUGCUGGAUGCUGCGCCUCUGUCAUAUGAUCUCUCAAAGCCCUUGCUUCCAAAUUAUGAUCGUGUUACUAGCAAGGCAAUGCUGACGUCACUUGGCCUGAAGCUGGGGGAUCGUGUUGUUAUUGCAGGACAGAAGGUUGGAACAUUGAGAUUUUGUGGAACAACUGAAUUUGCAAGUGGACAGUGGGCUGGCAUUGAGUUGGAUGAACCAGAAGGAAAAAACAAUGGAAGUGUUGGGAAAGUCCAGUAUUUUAAGUGUGCCCCCAAAUAUGGUAUUUUUGCACCUCUUUCAAAGAUAAGUAAAGCAAAAGAUCGAAGGAAGAAUAUAACACACCCUUCUUCUACAAAAGCUGGACCUCUCAUCAGGUCCCAGAAAAUUGAUGUAGCUCACAUAACAUCAAAAGUAAAUACUGGAUUAAUGACAUCAAAAAAAGAUAGUGCUUUAGAAUCAACACUGUCAUUGGCUCCUGGUGAAGAGUUGAAAACUGGAGCAGAGAAAGAUGUUCCCCUGAUUGGAUCCAUCAGCAGCUCCUCCUCUAUAUCUUCUUUGGAGCACAAACAGAGCCUCUCCAAGAAACUGAAUGCACGUGGCAAUAACAAGAAGACAAUGAGCAAAAGCCCUUCUCUCUCUUCUAGAGCCAGUGCUGGUAUCUAUGGCUUUUUCAACCAGGCUUUCUUGGUGUUUUUUAUCUUGGUUUGUUUCCCUCGCACCUCUCCUCUCUGUCAGCACACUAUGGAUCUCUCUGCCUUUCUCCUCACGCUCCUGCCAUUUUCCCUUGUCUGGAUUUCUUCUCUUCCUUGUGUAUCUAAGGACUCCAGCCUCUGUUUGAAUUCCUCAGCAGCAUCUGUAGCAAAUAGUGGGCGCUGCGAAGGAGACCUCCGAAUUGGAGACAGGGUGUUGGUGGCAGGCCAGAGAAUUGGUGCCAUUAAGUUCUUUGGGACAACAAGCUUUGCUCCAGGAUAUUGGUACGGGAUAGAGCUUGAGAAACCCCAUGGCAAGAAUGAUGGUUCUGUUGGAGGUGUGCAGUAUUUUAGUUGUUCCCCAAGAUAUGGAAUAUUUGCUCCCCCAUCCAGGGUUCAAAGAGUAACAGAUUCCCUGGAUACUCUUUCAGAAAUUUCUUCAAAUAAACAGAAUCAUUCUUAUCCUGGUUUUAGGAGAAGUUUCAGUACAACUUCUGCUUCUUCCCAAAAAGAGCUUAACAGAAGAAAUGCUUUUGCCAAGUCGAAACCCCCCCUGCACCGCAGCUGGAGCAGCAGCUCGACGGCCGGCGGCCUGGAGGGUAGCGUGAAGCUGCACGAGGGCUCCCAGGUCCUCCUCACCAGCUCCAACGAGAUGGCCACCGUGAGUUAUUUGCCCUUCUGGGAAUGUCCCACCUACAGACACUUCAGAGCUGUGGGGGUAGAUGGCCCCCGGGGCUCUGGAGCUGGACCUCUCCUGCCGCGGGGUUCUGAAGCUGCUGUUCCUCACCUCCUCCCAGCUGGUGAGGAGGACCUCAUGAGCUAGCUGGUCACCAGACCAUCCAGCUGGAAUGCAGGUCUCCUCACCUGUGGCCUGGGCUCUUGCUGCUGCCCAGUGUGUCAGCUCAGAUCUGUUUCUGUGUUGGUGACUGCCUCAUCUGGAGGAGCUUCAAAUCCCAUGAUUAGGUUCAUGAAUUCAAGUCACCAUUGGAACUGUUUGCACAUAUUUAACUUCCUUACUAGACAUAUCUAUAAAACACACACACGCGAAGCACUUUGAAAAUAAAACAUGAUGCACUUUCCUCCUUGUGGAGAAUUUGCCAUCAUUUCCUCUGGGGAUGAAAAAUAUUUAAAAAAAAUAUAUUUGAGACAGAGCAAAUUAAGAUACGUUAAGAAGAAUGUAGUAGCUAUUCAUUUAAAUGGUUAUGGUUUUUGGUGUUUUGUUUUAUUAUUGGUGUUGCCUUUGCUGUUGCUGCUGGUUUCAUGUUCGAUUGUUGCGGAAUUCAGCCUGUUAUAAAGCUGCAGAGCUGUAUCAUGUCUUUAUUUUCCUUUUGAGUACAUGUUAACAAACUAAGCUUCAUAAUAGAGUGAUGUAAUAAUGCAAAACAUUUGUGUUGUGGAUAUGUAUUGAAGUUUGUCCUAUAUGUACAAAGAUUUAUCUUUUAUCGUAGAUAUUCAGACUCUAAACGACCACAGAAAUAUCAGAGCAGUUUGCUUUAUAAGAUAAAAAGCAUCCUUCAAAAUGGAGCUUGCUUUGUGCUUUAGAAAGAAUACGUUGAACUAUUUUGCAAUAUACUGUUUAAAAUCUAAAUUCUGUUGCUUUGCUGCCUUUUUUAAAAAGUAUGAAAUUUCAAAUAUUGCUAGAGCUAUUUUCCUGAAAUACAUUUGAAAGUAAGGCUGCUUUAUAAUCAAGGAAUAUUUUUGACUGAAGAAAGUGACUGUACUAUGAUUCAAAAGUAAACUUAUUUUAUUAUAUAGUUUAUUUCUUAAAAACUCUAUUUAUAUCUUACCAUGAAAUCCAUGACUACACUGAACUUGGGUGUCCAUAAUUCUUCCUGUUAAAUGCAAAAUCCUAUAAGUUAGUAAUGUCAAUACUGAAUUUAUUUUGAGGGUAGACAACCAAUUGUUCUCAUAUUUAGAUUAGGAUUAUUAAAUCCAUGUGAUGUGUAUGUUUACAUAUACUGAACAUAAAAAUUAGGUGUUUUCAUUUGUGUUUUGCUUCUGUCAUUCAAAGUUCACAUCUUGAGCAUUAAUAAAAAGGGAAGCUGUUUUGGUUUGGAGUGGCAUGUUGUCAUUGACCCUGCCUGCAGUACCUUUUCUCAGGUACUCAGAUUACAUAUGCUUUGUGUUUAAUUUUUUUUCUUCUUACAGUAAUGACUUGGAUUUGUCCUAUACCUAUUGAGAGUCUUAAAAAGUGCCAUGCUUCUACUCAGCAAAUAAAGUUAUGUUUUCAGCUA